AUGAACGAUGAGAAUCAAGACGGGGUGCAAGGGAUGCAUCCGUACAAGAGACAUGUGCAAAGUACGUUGAUCAGCAAGGAGGAUUUGAGUAUGGGGAGUGAGGCUGCGCUGCGUGCCCCCCAAAGCACAAUAGAAGAUGAGAUUAGAAGUAUCGGCACACCUAGCAUGCGAGGUCAUGGGUUUACACAGAGUGUCUCGUUAAGCCCAUCGCCACGAGGGUCCCCGACAUAUAGUGGUAAUCGAAGAUCCAAGAGUGUGGAUCUUUCGCAUUUGUAUUUGGCCAACGGUAGUCAAGACACACAAUUGACAAGCACGAACGAAAGCGUGGCAGAUUUGUCACACCAGUUGAUCAGUCAAUACUUGGGAGAAGCUAAGGAAACGUCCCUUGUGCCGAGGUUGAAAACGAUUGAGAUGUAUCGAGAGAAUGUGAAGAAAUCCAAAGAUGUGAAAGUGUUGUUUGAAUAUGCUCAAUACAUGUUACAAACGGCGUUGACUAUUGAGAGCAGUGCGGAUCAAGAAUUGAAAGAGCAAUUUUUAAAAGAGGCCAAGAAUUAUUUGAAAAAACUGAGUGUGAAAGGGUAUGUGGAUGCGCAAUAUUUGCUCGGAGAUGCGUAUGCGUCGGGUGCUAUUAACAAUGGUAAAGUGAAUAAUAAAGAAUCGUUCCAAUUGUUCCAAAGUGCUGCGAAACAUGGACAUAUUGAGAGUGCGUAUCGUACUGCGUAUUGUUAUGAGAAUGGACUUGGUACGACCAAGGAUAGUAGGAAAUCGUUGGAUUUCUUGAAGUUUGCUGCCAGUAGGAACCAUCCUAGUGCGAUGUACAAGUUGGGUGUUUAUCUGUUUUAUGGGAAAAUGGGGCUUGAUCCGGAGGAUAUCACGAAUAAAUUGAAUGGGGUGAAAUGGUUGGCUAGGGCGAGUUUGAACCCUAGUGAGUUGACGUGUGCUGCGCCGUAUGAAUUGGCCAAGAUUUAUAAAAGAGGUGUUAUUGAUAUUAUUUUGCCCGAUGAAAAAUAUGCUACGGAGUUGUAUAUCAAGAGUGCUUCAUUAGGACAUGUGAAGUCGUGUACUGUUCUUGGUGAGAUAUACGAGACUGGGAAUGUUGCAGUGAAGAGAGAUAGCAACCUGAGCAUACAUUACUAUACCCAGGGGGCGUUGCAGGGGGAUCCCAAGGCGAUGCUGGGAUUGUGUGCAUGGUAUUUGGUUGGUGCAGGGGAUAAUUUUGAAAAAGAUGAGAAUGAGGCGUUUGAAUGGGCGUUGAAGGCAGCCAAUUGCGGGUAUGCCAAGGCUCAAUACACAGCAGGGUAUUUCUACGAGAAGGGUAAAGGAUGUGAUAGAGAUGAGGUGGUGGCAAGGAAAUGGUAUGAAAAAGCUGCUAAGAACAAGGACGAGCGGGCUAUAAACAAGUUGAAGGGGAUGUCUGGUGGGAUGUCUUGUGGGAAAGCUAAUGGGGGCGUGAAUAGUCAAGUGAAUAGUCAAGCGAAUAGUCAAGCGAAUAGUCAAGCGAAUAGUCAAGCGAAUAGUGCUAAUAAUAGUAUCAGCAAUAGCAAUACAAUUACGACUAGUAAUACGAUUGGUAACACAAACACAACGAUGGCUGGCAACACUGGCUACACAAACCACACAGACUACACAAACCACACAACCCACACAGCCCACACUGGCAACGCUAACACCACCAGCACUAGUCCUGGCGAGAAUUCUGCUAUUAAUAGCAGCGUGGAAAAUAGGGGACGUGCCGCAGAUUUCUCUGGGGCUGCCAGCGCCACCAAGGCCAGGAAUGCUGCGAAUGCUACUGGUAAUGGUAAUGGUAAUGGUAAUGGUAAUAGCACUGGCACUGGCAAUAGCAAUAGCAAUAGCAAUAGCAAUAGCAAUAGCACUACCAACACCACUACCACUACCAACACCAACCACAGCACAAAUAGCAAUCCCGCAAACGGCAAACACAGCAAGCGCCGCUCCGUGUUUGGCCUGCGUGCCCAGAAGCCCGCGCAGAACGCACAGGCAGCCCAGAAACCACCGCAGCGCGACUGUGCCGUCAUGUAG